AUGAGCCAACAUCAGCUCGACCGUGCCCUGGAGCGAGGCGACGACAUUGGAGAAAAGCGUGAAGACAUCCGCCAAUUGUUUGACUACUCAAUGUCGACGCAGGAGUCCGUUGAGCCAGACCCGCCGCCCGAACACCAUGUCGGCGAUCCAAAUCUCGAGGCAUCUCUGGAGGAUGUGGAAGAAGUGGUUGCUGAAGAGGACGGUGAUGACGUUGACGAAUACGACCAGCUCCUACACUACGACUCCUCCCAAGAGUCGGUAGUGGAAGUGUCCGGACAUGCACACGAGCCCGCGCAACUGCCGUUGUCGCAGGCACAGGAUUUUAUCGACGUCUUCGACUCACCUCAGCCGGCAGUUGAGCAGCCACUGCCACAGGAAGACCAACAAGAAGAGCAGGAAAGCCACCUCGUGCCUACCAGACAAUACGUACCGGGAUGGCAUGCCGAAGCUGCAUUUCAAGUGAAGACCGCACAGCUGCGCCGACUACUCAACGCAAGAUACGGCGAUCGUGCCGAGUCCUACUUCCGCAUCAGAGCCUGUCGGGGCGUGCUCGUGCAACAAUGGCGACGAUUCCUUGACAAGAUGGACCAGCUUGCCGAACAGGUCGAACAAGGCCGCAGCCGCUUGAUCUACACGGUCGGCGUGUUCCAUGGCAGCAACCAGCAAGUGCCCGUGGCCGAAUGCAACACAGCCACCGAGUUCUUCCUGUCGUGCUACAGCCGGCUCAACGUUUACGAGGUGCUCACAGCGUUGGGCUACAACAAUGCCGUGGAAGUCGAGGCGGAUUACGAUGUCGUGUUUUGCAUCGAGUUGUGGCCGGAGAAGCAAAUGCACACGAUGCUCAACAAUUGGGUCAAUGACACGAGCAAGCCACACUACAGCGCCUUUGGUAUCCCCUAUCUGGAGGUGGAGUCGGAUGCGCUCGAAAUCUACAAGGAACUCAUCGCCGAGGGGAAGAUUCCGUGGCGUAUGGCCGGCUGCAUCCACCGACCGACCUAUCGGAGACACACGGCCAUCCUCGACAAGCUGGUCCGCGAAAUGCGCCACACUUUCACGUACCGCGAACCGGUCACCGUCUAUCUGAUCAUUGGACCGCCCGGUGCCGGAAAAUCGUCAUUCGCUCUGGACGUGCUCACAGGUGGCGAUCCACGACAAGCAUACUGGGCACAACGCGGCGACUACCAAGAAGGCUACCUCGGACAGCGUGUCUUCGUCCUCGACGAAUGCUCGCAAUUCUACUCGCUUGCGAUACAAGGCACGUCGUCAUCGCCGUUUCGCAUCGAGAACCUCAAAGAGAUGACGUCUAGCACCUGCCGGUUCACCAUCAACAAGAAAUUUGGCAGCCAGCCAUUUACCUCCGAGAUCAUUGCUCUCAUCUCCAACUAUCCGCCCGAAGAAUGGAGCUUGUCGGAAGAAAACUUGAAACACCUGCUCGACCGCGUCCAUUUCAAGAUGCAAUUCGACGUGACAGUGCUCUCGCCAACCCGCAAGCUCUACACGUUCAACUGGAGCAAGGGCGACGGUUUUACCCGAACUCUCAACCACAACCCGGCGCCUCCCCCGCUUCCCGGCGACUGGACCGAUCUAUACAUGCACUACCAAGCGAUGGGCGAGCAGCGCAAGCAGGAGCAGCGCGAGCGCAACACGGUUCACAAUUUCGCUCAUCUGCAUGCAAGGACCGCUCGAGACAAGGAGGAAAGCUGUAUGCGCAUCGUCGACCACGACCAAGAGGAAGAGGCACGGUCCCAGCGCCCAGGCCCACCCACUACACUGCGCACCCCCACCAGCAGCCAGUUGUCGCGUCAGGAUUACACUCCCGAGGUCCUCAGCGACAACCGAACCAUGCUAACACCGCAGAUGGCCAACAGCACGGUCGCUACACCGCGUGGAACGGCUGCGGUGAAGAGACGGCGUCCGUUGCGUCAAGUGAAUGUUCCGGUGAAAACUGAGGAGGAGAUGACGAGCAUCGUUGUUGAGCCCACGCAGGAAGACCGAUCAGACCCACCCCGCCGGCGCGGUCCAUACAUGUUGCCGAUGAAGCUGGAGGACGUGGAAGACGACGAUUUGCCCCGCAUUCACCCUGACGCGAUCAAGUGUGGCCAUCGGGCCGACCAUUUCACGAAUGCCCCGACAAAAUCGGUGCGGCACCCGGGCAAGGAAUAUGUGCGAGCCGAUCUGAUCGGUCAAUCGAGGAAAACGCUCAAGCUCGGCCAACCGGUGCUCGUCUUGACGCGUGACAACAACGGCACGGUCGAUUGGCGGGAAGCUCGUGUACGGUCAUUGGGUGUUCAAGGCGGCAUCACUCAUCCGACAAUGUCUCAACAAUGGCGUAGGUAUUGGGUUACACCGUUGACCCAUUGCCCGGGACGAAAUGCCGAGCUGUUCGGCAAACAUCAGGAGGACAUUCGCAAGUUGUUCGGAGGACGGCUUCGGCACAUGAAAGUGGUCGACGAGUUGCCGCCGGAGGUGUACAACAAUGCCGGCCCGGAAAUCGUCCCUGAGCGUGUUGAAGCCGACGAAUUCCCCGAGGUGAUGAUGACUGCAAGAAAUUUGAAGAGGAUUCGAGAGGAACUUCGACUUGCCCAUGCGCAGCACUCGCAAGCCAUCGACGCUGCACACCUAGCUGAUGAGCGUCGCACCGCUGCACUGAUGAGAUGCCGUGAACUCAGUGAUCUCGAGGGUCAAGCCAUCGAUGCGUUGGACCGGGCGCUCCUCCAAGAGAUUGGCCAUAUCCCUUUUCGGCAUAAC